AUGUCUAUAAGUAUUGGAAUAAGACAAUUGUUUUUGUCCUUUGUUUUGGUUAUCUGGGUUUCCUUUUCGUCGUCUUGGAGUUCUUCUGAUGUUCAGACAAUAAGGAAGAAUGGGGUCCUCGGCACCAGCUAUGACAGACUGGUCCGUCCGUCUCAGACUACAAAUGUCAGUGUGGCUCUGAACCUUAUCACCAUCAACUUUAUGGAUAUAAAGAACCAGGUUUUAUCAACGACAGGCUGGAUAGAGGCGAGUUGGGAAGAUCACAGGUUGGCCUGGAAUGUUUCUAAAUACCCAAACAUAACAGAUAUCUUCGCAGACGAGAGUGAGGUGUGGCGGCCUGUUUUCUUCAUAGAUAACUCGGUUUCUGACCUAAACAUUAUCUCGGAUUCUAAUCUUUUGUACCGAGUCACUUAUACUCCCAAGGUAGAGUGGGAACAACCCCGGAUGUUCACCACCCAUUGCAAUGUCGAUAUCACGUUCUACCCUUUUGAUACUCAGCUAUGUGAAAUCAAGCUAACAAGCUGGGGUUAUACAACCGACGAAAUUGAACUUCAACCAGCAAAUUCAGAAAUUAUCACGGAGGGUUUGGAACCUAACGGUGAGUGGCAUUUGCUGCACACAAACGUCAAGAAAAACCAAUUGACGGAAUUGCGAGCAGACGGCGUGAUGACGAAACACUGGGAAAUUGUGUUCACAUUAGUGGUGCAGAGAAGGACGGCAUACUACGUCACAGGCAUUUUGUUACCAGUGUUCCUAUUGUCCUAUCUCAAUACAAUUGUUUUUCUCCUGCCAGUGGAAUCUGGAGAAAAAAUUGGAUUUAUCCUUACGGUACUUUUAUCUUUAGCCGUGUUACUAACAAUCAUAACGGAUAAAAUUCCAUCAACUUCUAUCGAUGUUUCAAUUAUAUCUGUGUACCUGGCCAUCACCUUAUGCUUCAGUGUUGUGUCCUGCAUUCUGUCUGUCUUAGUCAUGUCUGUCAAUUUCCAGGACGAUUCAAAGCCUCUACCAAAAUGGGUCAAAAAACUUAUAAGGAACGAUCUGUUUCCAUUCGACUGUUUGAAAAAAUGUAGCUACUGCUUAAAACCGAGCAGGAACAAGACCUCGUGUAAUAAUGAUGCGGGGAUUCCAGAGGUUAAUAUGACCGUUGAAGAUGUUGACGUAACAGGGAAAGAGGAUUCGGGUUCCAUCAAAAAGCCUGGGAGGUUUUCCUGGAAUGAUGCCGCUAGAAAACUGGAUGUUCUCUUUUUCUAUGUGACAUUUAUUUUAAUCACCAUGGAAACCAUAGUUUUUAUUGUGGUUCUAAUGAUAGGUGGAACGGCUAAUGCACAGAGACUUAUAAAUCAACUUUAAGUGAUAUACACGUGUAUUCAUCUCCACAUACUAAAUACCAACAGAAGAUACACUUAUAAAUCUAAUCGUCCAUCUAUUUGUGUGUCUAUUCGAGUAAUUGUCUCUUAUAAUAAGAUAUUUCAUUUUAAUAUGAAUCUUCAUCAUUGUAAUAAUGUAAAGCGUUGGACAGCUGUUGAACGGGUUAAGCAGAGAAACUCUUAUCGAGUUAAAUUAUUCCAUUUGUGAAAACUGCUUCAAAUGUAGAAACAUCUUUUUUAACAAAAGGUGUUGGAACUGUUGAUAAGAAUGAAAUACAUACAUGUAGUCUACA